AUGGCGAAAGAACUCGCUGCCGCCAAAGCGGAGGUUGCAGAACGUAUCAAUGAAGAGCAGGCAAUCGUACAAGGCCAGACGGUUGAAUGCGGCUGCUGCUUUGGCGAUACCCCCGUCAAUCGGACAGUGUGCUGCCAGUUCCUUCACAAGUUCUGCAGAGAUUGUGUCCGGCAACUCGCGGCGACGGAGAUUGGUAAAGGUCUUCACCAGCUCAAUUGCAUGCAUGAAUCCGGUUGCACAACACCGUUUGAGAUGUCUACGCUUCGCGAAGUUCUAUCUGAGAAGACCAUUCUUGUCAUUGAGCGUCGUCGACAGCAAGAGGAGAUCGCGGCCGCGGGAAUCGAAGGGCUUUGGGAUUGCCCUUUCUGCGACUACAAAGAGAUUGUUGGUCCUAUUGAAGAGGACCAUGAGUUCCGAUGCCGCAAUCCAGAGUGCUCCAUUGUCAGUUGCCGUCGGUGCAACGAGAAAAGUCACAUCCCCCUUUCUUGUGAGGAGUACCGCAAAGAAAAGAAGUCUACUGCUCGACACGAGGUGGAAGAAGCAAUGACCGAAGCUCUUGUGCGCACGUGCAACAAAUGCAGUUUCAAGUUCUACAAAGAUGAAGGCUGCAACAAGAUUAUUUGCAGCAAGUGCCGCAACAUGCAAUGCUAUGUUUGCGGCAAGAAUGUCACCGACUACAAUCACUUCCGGUCUGACCGCCCA